CAACAAAAUCAAAUACAAAGAGAAAUAAAGGAAAGACACACGGGCACACUCUAAGCCUAAAAAGUAAAGUAAAACUGAAAAAAACAACUCAGAAAAUCCCAAAUUCCAAAAUCAACACAGCUUGAAACCUUAUAAUUAACAGAAAACAAACGACUGACUGUAUCCUUGCGAAUCGACCAAAACGAUGAAUCUCCCCGCAAAAUGCACCAAAGGGGUUAAGACAAUGAGGGAGAUUGAGGGAACCCUUUUCCCAAAUCAUGAAACCUCAAUCCCAAAACCCAACAAAGUAAACUAACUCACGGUGGGUCAAGCCAACACCAAUCCUCCACUGCAACUUCCUGACCUCUGAAAGGGCAUCUUCCAACCAGAAUCGGUCAAUUGAAUAUCUCCGACCCAGCACCGCCAUUGCAUGCGCGAAAAAAUUACAUCAUCGGGGCUCGAAUUUGAAACAACAGAACUUAAAUUUUCUCAAAAGAGCUUUCACAUCCCAGAUGACUCGUCGAAAUCUCAUUUCUUGGACAAACUAUAAACCAUGUAGGACCGCCAUCGCCUCCACCAUACAAAUUGUAGAAGCCCAGUGGGGGGACCAAUGGACUACCGUAGUAGGAGGAGGGUGUCUCAACACAAAUCUCAGUCCUCGAUAUUCACUUUCAUAGCUAUGAAUAAAGAUCACGAGGUCGGAAAAAAACAGCAGAACCCAGGGGGCGCCUUAUAAAAAAAGUUGUAGCAGGCAGGCCGGCAGGCUCACUCAGAUGUCUAAGUCAAGGUUGGAAGGUAAGGUAGCUCUUAUCACUGGUGCCGCCAGUGGGAUUGGUGAGGAGACGGUGAGGUUAUUUGUGGAACAUGGGGCUUUUGCUGUCAUUGCUGAUGUCCAAGAUGAUCUCGGGAACAAAGUCGCGGCAUCCAUCGGCCUAGACAAGGUUAGUUACUGUCACUGUGACGUAAGAGACGAGAAGCAGGUAGAGGCAACAGUGAGUUACGCGGUGGAGAAAUAUGGAAGGCUGGACAUUUUGUUCAGCAAUGCUGGUGUCUAUGGACCGUUACCUGGGAUCUUGGAACUUGACGUCAAUGGCUUCGACAACACCAUGGCCACAAAUGUUCGAGGUGUUGCAGCCACGAUCAAGCAUGCCGCUCGUGCUAUGGUGGCUAAAAACAUACGCGGAUCCAUCAUAUGCACUGCGAGUGUAGCAUCUUGUAUAGGAGGAAUUGCAACGAUUGGUUAUACGACAUCGAAACAUGCUGUUGUAGGACUUGUUCGAGGAGCAUGUAGUGAGCUAGGGGGUUACGGGAUCAGAGUGAAUUGCGUUUCUCCAUUUGGAGUGGCCACGCCUCUUGCUUGUAAAAUUUUCGAUAUGGAACCAAGUGAAGUAGAGGCCAAUACUUGUUCUAGGAGCAACUUGAAAGGUAUUGUGUUGAAGGCUAGACACAUUUCGGAGGCUGUAUUGUUUCUUGCUUCUGAUGAAUCCGUUUACAUCAGUGGCCAAAACUUGGCAGUUGAUGGAGGCUUUUCAGUGGUUAAUCGCAGUUUUCCAGAAGUUCAAAACUAAUGCUAGUCGUCACUGUUAGAACGCAAUAUUUAAUAAAGAUUGGCCAUUAAUUCGGCUCCUAUUUAAAACUUUUUCAGCCAAGUUCGACCGGCACAUUGCAUGUGCAUUUUUCUUGUAAUCUGCAAACACACACACACGGACAUAUCUAUAUGUUAUAUAUACAUAUUCACAAAUCCAUCACUCUUGUCUGCCAAAA